AAGGGAACGCGGCAGUUGUCUGUAUAAGAAGGUAGAACGAGUGGGAACAAAACCACUCACUCUCUCCAAGAAAAAGAUGAAGGCGAAGGCAGGAAAGAUAGAACUGGAGCAAUAUGUCCACUUCUACUUGGAUCCAGGCCGUUCCUACGCCUCUCUCGCCCAUCUCAAGCAGAUCGUCACCAUGCACGGUUUGAACCAGCUCCAUAACUGUCCCAAGUCUUUCUUAAUCUCCCGGUUUCAUCUCUUUCUUGGGAUGAGGGGUUUGGGUGCAAAUAUGUUGUUGUGUGAGCAGAGGCAUAUCAUCGAAUGCUUGGAGUCCAUCGAAAUGAUGUCGCCGGCCAGGAAGACCCUCGAGAAGAGCGUCACGUCCCGUGCCUUCUUGUUGGCGGACGAGGUCGUCGCCGACCUCACCGACAUCGGCUGGGAGGAGUGCCAUGUCCGAUCACUCCUCACUCUCGAUCCUCGGUCCGGUGCCGUGGUCGUGCACGAGCUCGAGGUCCCAGCCGACGGAGUCGGUGGCUUCUCGCCAGCGGCCGUCCUUCCAUCCGUCGCGCCACGCAGAGAGCGCCAUCAGAGGCGCGGGAGGAGCGCGCCGGCCGCUGACUUCGAGAUCUUGGGCGGGCGGCCGAGGUCCAAGCGGAAGCACAUCUCCAUCAACGCCAUCAGCCCGACCUCCUCCACCACAGCCGCCUGUGGCGCAGUCGGGGCGUCACCGUCCACAUGGACGUCUAUCCCUCCGCCUCCAUCCCCGCAGUCGGAAUAGCCGUAUCCGUCGACCACGUGAACGCCGCUUCUUCUGCCUAUAGAAGUGGAAGAAAAGCAAAAGGGUCUGAUGCGAUCAUAACCGUCCGAUUCGGUUUGCCACGCCUAGCUUUUAUUCAUCUUCUCUUCCUGUUUCGUUUCUGUUAAGGUCUCUCUGACACAUACAACAUAUACUCUUCUCGUAACUACUGUUGCUCGUGUAGGCAUUUUG